CAAUGCUCAGGAUCUCCUUGAACGGCGAGAUGGGCGCGAAGAAAUUUGACAUCAUCAUAACCAUAAUAAUAGUGCGGAAAGGUUGCCUUGUUUGCAGGCUCGGAAGGAGGGAAACUAGAGGAAUUCUUGCUGGCUGAAAAAGAUUCGCCUUUCGAUCACGAUUUACGAUUCGAAACGAUUUCUCUUUUGUCUUCCGCGGUUUCUGCGCUGGGAGAACUUAAGGAAGUGCUCUCGCUGCUGCUCCUCCAAGCGAGAAAUGGGUCGGGUUCAUGCGUGGCGCUGAGGCGUGAUUUGCGUGGUUCGGUGUCACGCAUUUUGCAUUGCCAAGCCGUUGCCGCAGUUCAUCACGGCGGAGCUAAGUGAUUUUGAAGCGUUGAAGAUGGGUGUUCUUUGUCAUAUUUCAUUUUUAGGCCAUCUGAAAGGUCAUAAAGUAACGAGAAAACCUUUGGACUUUAGCAUUAAUGCUUUCGAUGGGGUCUUUUUGCUGAUGAGAAGAACCACAUGAAAUACACAAUAAUGUACAUUUGAUUUAGGACCUGAAAAAGGGACUGGUGAUACCUCUAUGGAAAAUGUGCUGCAGUAGGCUGAGAUGGCAAUUCUAGGCUUAAGAUCUAUGAACCAUUAUUCUUUGAGAAAAAGAGGCAUUUUUAUGCUGAAACUUAUUUGUUUUACUCUGACAGUAUUCAUUUUCUGUGAAUUUUUAAUUUAUUAUGUAGUUAUAAUUCAAUGUCAUUGGCCAGAAUUGAAAAAUCGGACUCUGGGGACUAACAAACAGAAUUCACAUUCUGUCUUGAAAACCAUCUUUUUAUCAGAUCCUCAUUUGCUUGGUAGAAUCAAUGGACAUUGGUUGGACAAGCUAAGGAGGGAAUGGCAAAUGGAGAGGGCCUUCCAAACUGCCCUCUGGCUUCUGCAGCCAGAAAUAGUUUUUAUCCUAGGCGAUAUCUUUGAUGAAGGAAAAUGGAGCUCUUCCCAGGCCUGGUCAGAUGAUGUAAGGCGCUAUCAAAAAAUAUUUUGGCAUCCAAACCACACAGAAGUAUUUGGUAUUGUUGGAAAUCAUGACAUUGGCUUUCAUUAUGAGAUGACAUCAUUCAAAUUGGAACGUUUCUCUAAAGUUUUCAACUUCUCUUCAGAAAAAAUAAUAACCCGGAAAGGGAUAAACUUUCUUAUAGUGAAUAGUGUUGCUCUUGAAGGUGACGGGUGUAUAAUUUGCAGAACAGCAGAAGCCAAACUCAUCGAACUUUCCCACCAAUUGAAUUGCUCAUUGAAGGAACAAAAUCAACAUAAAAAAAGCUGUAGUAAUGUGGAUAAGGUCCCAAUCUCGGCUCCAAUUCUAUUGCAGCAUUAUCCUCUUUAUAGAAGAAGUGACUCAGAAUGUACAGGAGAAGAUUCUGUUUCCCUGGAGAAAAAGAAUGACCUCUUUAGAGAGAAAUAUGAUGUGCUUUCUCAGGAAGCUUCCCAGAAGCUAUUGUGGUGGUUUCAUCCUCGAUUGAUUCUGAGUGGCCAUACCCAUAGUGCCUGUGAAGUGCUUCAUAAUGAUAACAUUCAUGAAAUCAGUGUUCCAUCAUUCAGUUGGAGGAACAGAAACAAUCCUAGUUUCAUAAUGGGCAGCAUAACAUCAACGGAGGUCUCGCUCUACAAGUGCUUUCUUCCAUAUGAGACCACAGUAAUAACCAUUUACUGUACAGCAGGAUCUGUGCUGGUGGUCCUCAUUCUGGCUCACUUUCAGCCCCUUCUUUCCCCUUACCAUUUUGUUCAGCGUUUAAUCACUAAGUAUAAAGCACUAUGAAAAGUCAGACACUUGGAAUCAGUCACUGAAACACCAAAGCUAAAGAACAAUCCAUCAGACUACAUUCAUGCCAGCAAAUGCAUACUUGAAUUGCUAGCCCAAAGGCAAACUGCUCUUACAGACAGAAAGCUCUAGACAGUUGAUAGGACUUUUUUGUUUACUACAGGAUAAAGUAACUGCUUCAUGCUGUACAAAAAUAUUGUAAUCUACAAUCAAACGAAUGGUUUUCUUGCUAAAUUUUUUUUGUAUCAAAUAUGUAUAUUAAAAGUUUGUAACUGUACACUAAG